UCAAUAUGGCUGCCGAAUCACUAAAUGAUGAAUUAGAAUACGUAAAACUGUAUAGAAUUAGGCCUCUUUUGCUUCAUUUUUACAUAGUACCUUUUAUACCAAUCUACUUGACAUGGCUUUAUUUCUGGACAAUGGUAUAUGGCGUCACAGAUUAUUUUGAAGCAGGUCUUAUCGCUUUGGCAGCGAUCGGAAUAUUACAAGUUCUUUCCAUGUUGUUCUGUCAUUGGUCUGUUCAUGUAAGAUGCCUGUUCACCUGUUCAUCGGAAAAUUCUCCAACUCUUGCCACAGUAAUUAAAGUUGUUCCAACAGCAAAUAAUGGCUCACCAGAGCUCCUCAAUCUGCACCAUGAACAAGAUAAGGAGACACAAAAGGAAGUCAUAUAUUUUAAUUUUCAAAAGACAAAGUAUGUGUAUGAUGGUGAAGAGAAGAAACAGUUCUGUCAGGUGGCUUUUCCAGUCAAUGAAACUAUGGAUCACUACAACAGUUGUAAAGGUUAUCAAGAGGAAGCUGAAGUUGAAAAAGGCAAGAAAAUAUAUGGAUCAAAUGAGCUUCAGAUGGAUGUCCCUGAGUUUGGUGAAUUAUUCAAAGAAAGAGCCACAGCACCAUUUUUUGUGUUUCAAGUGUUUUGUGUUGGAUUGUGGUGUCUGGAUGAGUAUUGGUACUACAGUGUCUUCACUCUUUUCAUGUUGGUUGCUUUCGAAGCUACUCUUGUACAACAGCAAUUAAAAAAUAUGAAGGAAAUAAGGAAAAUGGGAAGCAAACCACACUUAAUACAGGUGUACAGACACAGAAAAUGGAGACCCAUCCUGAGCUCAGAACUUCUUCCAGGAGAUAUUUGUUCCAUUGGUAGACCAAAAAAUUCUGAUGUAUUGAUCCCAUGUGAUAUGGUACUACUGCGGGGCUCCUGUAUUGUGGAUGAAGCCAUGCUUACUGGGGAGUCUGUCCCUCAAAUGAAGGAGCCAGUCAAGGAUCUGCCUGGUGAUGAAGUGUUUGAUUUGGAGCAACACAGUAAAUUGCAUUUGUUGUCAGGAGGGACAAAGGUUGUGCAGCAUUCUCCUCCACCAAAGAUAUCUGCUGGAUUGAAAGCUCCUGACAAUGGAACUAUUGCCUAUGUUUUAAGGACAGGGUUCAAUACAUCUCAGGGAAAACUUCUGCGGACCAUUUUAUUCGGUGUGAAGCGAGUCACAGCUAAUAAUUUGGAGACAUUUCUCUUCAUCUUGUUUUUGUUGAUAUUUGCUGUUUCAGCAGCAGCUUAUGUCUGGGUUAAAGGUACUGAGGAUCCCAAGAGAAAUCGCUACAAGCUUUUCUUGGAGUGCACCCUUAUCUUAACGUCGGUGGUUCCACCAGAACUUCCAAUUGAACUCUCUCUUGCUGUGAACUCAUCACUGAUGGCUCUUCAAAAACUAGGUGUUUAUUGUACAGAGCCAUUCAGAAUUCCUUUUGCUGGAAAAGUUGAUGUGUGCUGCUUUGACAAAACAGGAACUUUAACAAGUGAUAACCUGAUUGUACAGGGAGUUGCAGGGCUCAAAGAUGAUGAUGAAGUGUGUGCAGUGAGUGAAAUCCCUGAUGAUACAGCUCAUGUGCUGGCCUCGUGUCACUCGCUAGCUUUCCUAGAUGAUAGUCUAGUGGGUGAUCCACUUGAAAAGGCCGUUUUACAAGCAGUUGAUUGGAGGCUAACGAGAGGUGACAUCGUUAUGCCAAACAAAGGUAGACGUGUUUCCAUGCGCAUUGUACACCGCCAUCAUUUCUCUAGCGCUCUGAAGAGAAUGUCAGCCAUUGUAUCUUUACAAAAUUCCGGCUCUUCUUCUAGUGAAUACAUUGUGACCGUCAAAGGAGCUCCUGAAACUCUGAGACCGAUGUACAAGACAGUUCCUAGGAAUUACGACGCCAUUUACCACAGAAUUACUUGUCAAGGAGCCAGAGUUUUGGCGCUGGGCUACAAAAAGAUAGGAGAGUUAGCGGCGAGGGAGAUCCGUGAUAUGAAGCGUGAGGAAUGUGAAUGUGAGUUACAGUUCGCGGGAUUUGUUGUGAUCGCGUGUCCAUUGAAGACCGACUCUAAAGCAGCCAUUAAACAGAUACAAGAAUCAUCACAUCAU